AAAAUAAAAGUAGCGUCAAGAAGUUCGGGCUCAUGGGUUUAUGCCACUUUACACCAUGGGCCUUUGGGGAGCACUUUGCUUUUUAAUUUUCCUGGGCAAAACUUGGGGACAGGAACAAACCUUCGUCAUAUCAGCACCCAAAGUCUUCCAUGUCAGAGCAUCUGAAAAUGUUGUAAUUCAAGCUCAUGGCUACACUGAAGCAUUUGAUGUGACAAUCUCUAUAAGAAGUUAUCCAGAUAGAAAAGUGACCUACUCUUCAGGCUGUGUUAACUUAUCUCCAGAAAAUAAAUUCCAAAACUCGACACUAUUAACAAUUCAGGACAAACAGUUGUCUCAAGGACAAAGCUCAUUUUCAUAUGUGUAUUUGGAAGUCGUAUCAAAGCAUUUUUCAAAAUCUGAAAAAAGGCCAAUCCUCUAUGACAAUGGCUCUCUCUUCGUCCACACUGACAAGCCUGUGUAUACUCCGCAGCAGCACGUAAAGGUUGGCGUUCUUUCGCUGGGAGAUGCCUUGGAGCCAGUUACACGGGAAACUGUCUUAACUUUCAUAGACCCUGAAGGAUCAGAAGUUGACAAGGUGCAAGGAAACAAUCUUACUGGAGCUGUGUCUUUUCCUGACUUUCAGAUUCCUUCUAACCCCAAAUACGGUAGAUGGACGAUUCAGGCUAAAUUUAGAGAAGACGCUUCCACCAACGGAACAACACACUUUGAAAUCAAAGAACACGAUGAAGCCCAAGCCGUGAUUCUCCAGCCUACAGAUUCCCUGGAACACAAAAUAACAGAACAAGCUGCUACAUAUAAACAUCCGGUGGUAAAGAAGUGUUGUAAUGACGGAGCCAGACUUAGUACCUAUGAAACCUGUGCGCAGAGAGCAAAACGUGUGAAAACAGGCCCGCGCUGUGUUCAAGCCUUCAUUCAAUGCUGCACCAUGGCAACCCGGAUCAGAGCUACAGACACCUUUAAACAUGUCCCUUUGGCAGGACACCAUCGAAAAGAAGAGGCGAUCUAACUGCAUGGAAUAACUAACUGUUAAACCCAGAAGACGGUGCUCACGGCACUGUGGCUGCCACAGUGAAUGCUGACACGCUGCCCAGGGAGAGCUGAAGACUCAACAGCACACACUGCUGUGUGCCACCGUGCUACCCAGGUGCCCAGAUGUCUGUAACCCUGUAUCAGUUCACCACAAACGACCAGAUGUGCCAGCAGAGCAUGGGAGCCUCUGAAAUCAUACAUAUGUGUCCAAGCAGAAUAUUAAAAUCAAUAAAUUUAUUACCCAUCUUGAGAAAUUGUCAGAUGAAAUUUUUCCGAUGUUGCUUAUAUCUUAGUUAUCUAUUUAUAACCCUUGACCAAUUAUUUAUACUCAGCAGUUUAUUCCUAUUCUUCUCCACCUUCAUUUUUAUUUUCAUUUUCUUUUAUGUAACUUUUAUUUUAUUUUAAGACAGAUUCAGUUAAUUGUUUGUUUUUCAUUUAAUUUCUGCCUUUUUUGGAUUUAAUUUGUUGACCAUAAUAAUUUAAUACAUAUAGCCUGGGGUCUGUAGGUCCUAGGAUUUUAAGGUUUGGUGGGAUGGAAUGCCUGUUAGUGGGAAGAGCUUGACUGACCUUGGUUUAAUCCUUAGCAUUAAUAAAUAAACUCAAGCUUAUAUUCUUCA